AUGGCUGAUAUCCGUCCCUUUGACAGCUCUCAUGUCGAUUUCUGCGCUCUUUUCUUGUUCCACCCAGCCGUUGUCUCGCCCAUCCCGCCGUAUCCUCUCCCUCACUACCCGCCUUCACCUCUCCUAUUCACCUCACAGUCACUAAAACCCACCCCGCGAUCUCCUCUUCCUUACUUCCCCGUCGUCGCCUCUCCCUCCUCCCCGUCGUCGCCUCUCCCUCCUCCCCAUCGUCGCCUCUCCCUCCUCCCUGUCGUCGCAUCUCCCUCCUCCCCACCGUCGCCUCUCCCUCCUCCCCGCCGUUGCCUUUCCCUCCUCCCCGCCGUUGCCUCUCCCUGCUCCCCGCCGUCGGCUCUCCCUCCUCCCCGCCGUCGCCUCUCCCUCCUCCCCCCCGUCGCCUCUCCCCCCUCCCCGCCAUCGCCUCUCCCUCCUCCCCGCCGUCGCCUCUCCCUCCUCCCUGCCGUUGCCUCUACCUCCUCCCCGCCGUUGCCUCUCCCUCCUCCCCGUCGUCGCCUCUCCCUAUUCCCCGCCGUCGCCUCUCCCUCCUCCCUGCCGUCGCCGCUCCAUCCUCCCCGCCGUCGCCGCUCCAUCCUCCCCGCCAUCGCUGCUCCUUCCUCCCCGCCGUCGCCUCUCCCUCCUCCCCGCCGUCCCCUCUCCCUCCACGCGGUUGCCUCUCCCUCCUCCCCGCCGUUGCCGCUCCCUCCUCCCCGCCAUCGCCUCUCCCUCCUCCCCCCCGUCGCCUCUUCCUCCUCCCCGCCGUCGCCUUCGGUGACAGGUGCACGAGUGCAAGCACGAGUUGGUGCACGAGCGCGGAUUGGUGCGCGAGCCCGGGUUGUAAUCUGA